AUGACGAGCCGACUUGGCACGUGGUUGUCGCCUGGCGACGAGAAUUGGGCGGUGGGCGCCGACUGGCGUGUCAUUCAAGCGUCGGAAGGCCUGCUGACUCCGGUAGGUGAUAAAUGCGACUCAUGCGGCUUCUCCGUUGACGCGUUCAUGUGUCAUUUUACCUCCCUCCACCCUCCCCCUCCCCGCAGCACUGUAACCACUCGCCAGGGGGGGAGGGGGCACUUCUCUUGGCCUGCCAUAUUGUGCAAGUGUGUGCAUGUCUGCUUGUGUGUGUGCACUGUCUCCCAGCCACCUCCCAGCCUUCUCACAGUCGUCUCAAUCCUGCAGACGCCCGUCAGACGUGUCAACUGGGCGUGUUUCCAGGGCGGGGACGAUCAAAUGAUUUGA